UCCGCCCUUCUCCCCACCCACCUCCCCGCUCCCCAGUGCCGCCGAGUAACCUGGUCUCCCGGCGUCGGCCCGGCCCUCCUCCCUCUUUUCUUUUCUCCCCCCCCUCCCCCUUUUUUUUUUUUCCUUUUUUUCCCCUUUUCCCCUUUUCUUUUCCUUCCCCCUCCCCUCCCCUUCCUUCUCCUCCUCCCUUUUCUCCGACAGCGUAACCGGGGCUCGGGCUCGCUCCCUCCCCCCCUUCCCUCCCUCGAGCUGCUGCUGCGGUAGGGACCUGGAGAGAGGCGCCGCCUCCGCCGCCGCACACGGAGACAUGUACCCGGGAGCCACCUCCGCCGGACCCGUGCUCACACCGCCACCUCCGUUGCCACCACCAAUACAGGGAUAUGCCUUUAAACCCCCUCCUCGGCCAGAUUUUGGCACUUCUGGGAGAACAAUCAAACUGCAGGCCAACUUCUUUGAAAUGGACAUUCCUAAAAUAGAUAUCUACCAUUAUGAGUUGGAUAUAAAGCCAGAAAAAUGCCCUAGAAGGGUUAACAGAGAAAUAGUGGAGCAUAUGGUUCAGCACUUUAAGACCCAGAUUUUUGGGGAUCGCAAACCAGUGUUUGAUGGAAGAAAAAACCUCUAUACAGCAAUGCCACUUCCCAUUGGGAGAGAUAAAGUGGAGCUGGAGGUCACACUGCCAGGAGAAGGGAAGGACAGAAUAUUUAAGGUGGCUAUAAAGUGGAUGUCCUGUGUGAGUUUGCAAGCUUUACAUGAUGCUCUUUCUGGUCGGCUGCCAAGUGUCCCGUUUGAAACCAUCCAGGCAUUGGAUGUAGUGAUGAGGCACUUGCCUUCCAUGAGAUAUACACCUGUGGGGCGAUCUUUUUUUACAGCAUCAGAAGGGUGCUCAAAUCCAUUGGGUGGUGGCAGAGAAGUUUGGUUUGGCUUCCAUCAAUCAGUCAGACCUUCAUUAUGGAAGAUGAUGUUAAAUAUAGAUGUAUCUGCAACUGCAUUUUACAAAGCACAGCCAGUUAUCGAGUUUGUAUGUGAAGUUUUGGACUUCAAAAGUAUUGAAGAACAACAAAAACCUCUGACAGAUUCCCAAAGGGUAAAGUUUACCAAAGAAAUAAAAGGUCUGAAGGUGGAGAUAACACACUGUGGACAAAUGAAAAGAAAGUACAGAGUGUGCAAUGUCACCAGACGACCAGCAAGUCACCAAACAUUCCCACUUCAGCAGGAGAAUGGACAAACAGUUGAAUGCACUGUAGCUCAGUAUUUUAAAGACAGGCACAAAUUAGUUUUACGCUAUCCUCAUCUUCCAUGUUUACAAGUUGGACAGGAGCAGAAACACACAUACCUUCCUCUUGAGGUGUGCAACAUAGUGGCAGGACAAAGAUGCAUAAAGAAACUCACUGACAAUCAAACUUCCACUAUGAUUCGAGCAACAGCCAGAUCAGCACCCGAUCGUCAAGAAGAGAUUAGCAAAUUGAUGCGGAGUGCAAGUUUUAACACUGACCCUUAUGUUCGUGAGUUUGGAAUCAUGGUCAAAGAUGAAAUGACAGAUGUGACUGGUAGAGUUCUACAGCCUCCUUCAAUCCUCUAUGGAGGCAGGAAUAAAGCAAUUGCUACACCAGUUCAAGGAGUCUGGGACAUGAGGAAUAAACAGUUUCACACUGGAAUUGAAAUAAAGGUUUGGGCAAUUGCAUGCUUUGCUCCCCAGCGCCAAUGCACUGAAGUUCAUCUUAAGUCCUUUACAGAGCAACUGAGGAAGAUUUCCAGAGAUGCAGGAAUGCCAAUCCAGGGGCAACCAUGCUUCUGUAAAUAUGCGCAGGGAGCAGACAGUGUUGAGCCCAUGUUCAGACACCUGAAGAACACUUACACUGGGCUGCAGCUCGUUGUAGUCAUUUUGCCAGGAAAAACACCAGUCUAUGCGGAGGUGAAGCGUGUUGGAGACACUGUGCUGGGAAUGGCUACACAAUGUGUUCAGAUGAAAAAUGUGCAAAGGACAACACCUCAAACGCUGUCUAACCUUUGCUUAAAAAUAAAUGUCAAAUUAGGAGGCGUAAAUAAUAUUUUACUGCCGCAGGGAAGACCACCAGUAUUUCAACAGCCUGUCAUAUUCCUUGGUGCAGAUGUAACUCAUCCACCAGCUGGAGAUGGAAAAAAACCUUCCAUUGCUGCAGUUGUAGGAAGCAUGGAUGCUCAUCCUAAUCGUUACUGUGCCACAGUUCGGGUCCAGCAGCACCGCCAAGAAAUCAUCCAAGAUUUAGCUGCCAUGGUCAGAGAGUUGCUAAUUCAGUUCUACAAGUCAACAAGAUUUAAACCAACUCGUAUAAUAUUCUAUAGAGAUGGUGUUUCUGAAGGGCAGUUUCAACAGGUUCUCCAUCAUGAACUGCUGGCUAUCAGAGAAGCAUGCAUUAAACUAGAGAAGGAUUACCAGCCUGGAAUCACAUUUAUAGUUGUUCAGAAAAGGCACCACACCAGACUCUUCUGUACAGAUAAAAAUGAACGGGUUGGAAAAAGUGGUAACAUUCCGGCUGGCACCACAGUGGACACAAAAAUCACCCAUCCAUCUGAGUUUGACUUUUACCUGUGUAGUCAUGCUGGUAUUCAGGGAACAAGCAGACCUUCUCAUUACCAUGUCCUCUGGGAUGACAAUCGUUUCUCUUCAGAUGAACUGCAGAUUCUUACUUACCAGCUGUGUCAUACAUAUGUACGUUGUACGCGUUCCGUUUCCAUUCCAGCACCAGCAUAUUAUGCACACCUGGUUGCCUUCAGAGCCAGGUAUCAUCUGGUGGAUAAAGAGCAUGAUAGUGCUGAAGGAAGCCACACAUCUGGUCAGAGUAAUGGCAGAGAUCAUCAAGCACUUGCUAAAGCAGUUCAAGUUCAUCAGGACACAUUGCGCACUAUGUACUUUGCUUGACAUGUUUUAAUGUUUAGCGACUCAGUACAAUUGGAAGUUGGAUUCACAUCAGACCAGCUGCACUUAGACCAACAGUUGCCCAAGCUACAGUGACAGCCACCAAUGAGUGAUGCAUCUUAAUUUUUUUUCUUUCCCAUUUGCAAAAAAAGCCUUCCGUCCAGAAUUUCAGACUUGCUUAUGAACUGCAUUCUUGUACCAAAUCCCGCUAUUGUUGGAAAUGUGGUUUGCCAAAAAUCUCUUAAGCUCCUUGGUAUAAAACAGACCCAUAUUUUAUAAUUAAAUCAAGAGCUGUGAUCUCAGGGCUUAGGGGAAAAAAAACCAAACAAAAACCGAACCAAACAAAAAACCCCAACCCAACUCACAGAACUCAUUUAGUUUCCUAUUCAUUGAAUUGCUUUUCAUGAUUUGGAAAGAUCUAACUCAUACUAAAAUUUGAUGGACUAAAACGCUGUGAAUUAGCUUUUAAUACAAAGGAAAGCAAAAUAUUUUCUGACUAUUUAUGAAGCCGUGAUGAUUCUAGAUGCAUUUAAUUUUUAUUUUUCAAAAGAGAAGUGACAAAAUUCUGGUUUCCAGCUGUCUUAACAGAGUUUAUCCUCUGUGUAUCUAAGGGCAAAUGUAUUUUCUGAAGCUUGUUCUUGAAUGUUUUUUAUUGUGCUGCAUUUGAAAAUGUUUUUCAUAAACUAAAGAAGAAUUUUAAAAACUUGUACCUAAGCUUUUAAUAGGUUUAAUUAGAUUGGCAAAAAAAAAAAAAAAAACCUUCUGCCAUUUAGGAAAAAAAAAAUUGAAAGAAUUAAAAAAAAAAUCAUUCUGACAGCUAACUUUAGAAUUUGUCAUACAGGACUGUGACAGUUACUUUCCAAAGUCUCUAAAGAAUACGGGUCUGUGGUGAUAAAUACAGUACAAUCCUUUUUCACUGUUGUUUGAGUUAAUGUAAAUUUUAUAUAUGUUUCACAGUAUUAAUGCGAUAGACUAGAUGCUAUUAUUUAUUUUUAUCUACUAAGGAGUGCUCAUUAUAAUUCUGAUAACAUAUCAAGAAUGCUUUGGAUUUAGAAACUAAAACCUUACUGUGGGGACAUUUUUUCAGAUGCAAAAAUAUGCAAUUGACUUUGUGAGCAGUCAGAAAUACCUACAGUGCAUAUUGUAUGGCUCGUCCUUUGUAGAAAGGCUCUUGAAGCAUGCACGCAGCAUCGCAGGUUUGAUCUGUCCAGUUCAGAGACGCACACAAGACCAACAUUCUAUGUUCAUUCAAGCACAAAACAAUUGUUUUUUAUUUAUAUGUUGAAUAUUGAUGAAGCAGGAGCUCUAAUAGAGGAGAAUGGCUCACUGUAACUUAGACAAAAGUCAGAGAAUCUAUGCAGUAAAGAUAAAUCUUUAGGAAACUGAAGUUUACUUAUGAAGGGAGGUGAAACUCUCUUCAUUAUGCAUAAGGUCAAUAGUAAAUGUGAGAGUUUUGCCAUUCUCUUAGGAGAAGCAUUAAUUAAAACUGAUAAUUAUUAGACAAAUGUUUCUGUUAGUUUGCACACUGGGUUCAUAAAAAACAUAAUACAUAUAUAAACCAUUGCACUAAUUACAAUGCCACAUGCAGGUUUAGAAGAAAAUGGAAACAGCCCAGGAAACUUGUUUAUGCUGACUUGAUUUUAUUUUUUUAGUAGUUUAACUGAAAUAACAUGCUAAGAGGCAGGCUUUUAAAAUGUCAUUCUCUUCCACUGAUGCAUUUUGCUCCAUCUUUCUCAUUUUCUUUUAGCAGAUGCUCAGUCACUGUUUUGAAUACAUUUACCUCUAGCCACUGAGACGGGCAAAUAGCUUUACCCACUACAGAGGUCUGUGCCGUACAGCGGAUAGACUGUAGCCGACUGCUGUGGAAUAAGCUAGAAAAUGCCCAACCUUUGCUGCAUUAAGAGUUUUAGGUACAUAAUUUUGUUCAAGUUCAGAUCUUCAUCUUGUAUCAGUGUGUUGGUUGUCAGUGUUGUUCAGGUGAAAUAACAAUGUAAAACCUAUUAAUAGAGUAAUUGUAUUUGUAGCAUUCUAAUUUGGUGAUUAGGCUGUCUGGUCAGGUUUUCUUGGUCAUAGUUAUGUAAAUCCAGACUUUAAAUGCUGCUGGUGUAGCAGAAAGCAAAUUCCAAGUUGUAUUGUCUUUCUGUGUUCCAGCCAGGCUGUACAUACCUCUCGUAAAGUACUGCUAAACUGCAAAACUGUUCCAUGGUGGGUAUGUUGCACUUCUCUGUGCUUUGCUUGAGAGAUUACGUAUUUCAGUGAAGAUUUUAAUUUGGCAGAGUUUUAUAUGAGAAUUAUUUUUUUAUAUGAUGUAACAAAUAAGAAAAAAUCAACAGUUUAUGAUGCCAUUUAGUUUAUUUUCUUUUUUGUUACUCAGAGACCUCUUGGAUGUGAAAUCCAUCCUCCGCUUUCCUCUUGGUGCGCAUCUGGAGUAAAUGAUUUUGGUGGUCACAUAGGGUGAGGGGGGCAGAAUCUGUCUUGACUUCAAAUCUUAUUUCUGAAGCAGACUGGGAGUUCACUGCAUUCUACUUAGGAUGUGUGCUUUGGGCUGCAAUAGUCAUGGAAGCUCUGUUUCGUGAGAAUAGGGAGUUGUUUGGCAGACUCUUAAUCUGAGAGUAGCUGUUUGUGUAUCAGAUGAACGGCAAUUUUGUGUAGCUUCCCUUCCCUGAGUAUGAAGAACUUGGGAUGGUUAGAUGUAUUUCAGGUUAGAGACAUGCUCACCUUUUACAGAUCAUAUUAAGCCUCCGAUGCUGGUAAAUCUGUCUUGUUUUUUCCCUUGCCUUUUCCCUGCCUGCACACCCCUACAAUUGGUGAAUUGGUGAAUAAUUUCAAACAUUUUUUCUUAAAAAAAAAGGAUUUAAGUAUAUGCUUUGAAAAGUACAGUGUGCUGUAAGUGCAGCAGCUAUCUUUAUGGGAAUAAAUUCCAUAUUCAGAUAUAUCUUCUGUCCAAAAAAACCCGAACACCUAAAACCUACUCUGAGAGAUUUUUUUCUUACCUCCUACAUGUCUUGUAAGAACAGCAAUAUCUCAGGUAAACACAAAGCUCAAGAUGUCUCUAUCUCACAUACACCUUCCUGCUGUUGAAGUCACAGUUGAGCUAGGCAGUUUCAACCACUGAAUCACUAUGCAGCUCAGGUCAGCAAUAACCAAAUGUGCGUUACCCUCUGGCACUUACUUGCUUUUUCAGCCCCUGCAAAGGAGUUGUGUGGCUCCCAUUGCAAACCAUCUUGGGGCAGGACUUCAUCCCUGCUUUCCUCUUGCUCUCUGUUCAGUACCUUGCAGUGAAAUCUGCUUGAUUUCAGCCAUCGGUGUCAGUUGUCCUGGUGCUUAUCAGUCUCAAAACUUACAGUAAUUGAAACCUGGUGACAAAAAUACCUUACUCCUAUUGCAGAUGUUAGCAGUGUGAUGGACAAAACUGACCACUGCCAAUGCUACAGUGUUAAUUUUGCUUUAAAGGAUCAUGCUUGAGAGAUGAACUGAUAUUAGUAAAUUGUCUACUAUGGAUUGGUUUUCACUGGUGUUUUGUGUGGGGUUUUGUUUGUUUGGUGUUUUUGUUUGGGCUUUUGGCAUAAAAAUGGUAACACUAGUGAAACAUUCAAAAACUGAAGUAAGUUUUAGAAUCUCUGUCUUCAGAGAGACUCAAACCUGGCUUGACAGGUGCCUGUGCAGUCUUGAUUCACUUUACCUCCUUUGGCCAGGGGACCAGACCAGACAUCUCCACUGAACCCUACCAAAGCUCAUGGUUCUGUAGCAACCCCCCCAGAAACUGGCAGCAGCAAAUGCAGAAUGCUCCUGUAGGGACAUGAAAAAUUAUAUUGGCGAAGAUAGAAUACUUUGAAGUUGUGGAAUUUUUUCUGCUGUUUUUUUUUUCUUUGUUUUUUUUUCUUUUAACAUACCAAAUCUGAUGCAAUAAUUGGGUUUGCUUGGUUUUGGAAAUUUCUGCUCCAGUGGCUGAAUAGAAUAAAGCAUCCACUCCACCUCUUCUAGUAACCAGGAAAGAGGGGACUUGCUCAUUUGGAGGAAGCAUGCUAUUGGGAAAUGUUGGAAGUAGGUGGACUUGUCUCUGCCUUACAUGAGUUUGGCAUUCAGGAUAGCUCUAUGCAAUGUUAACAUUCUCUGUAUGUAUGCACUGAUGUAGAGAGAUCCCGUGUUUUCAUUCAGAACUCCUUGUUUUGGCUUGGCUUAUUUUCGAGUUUUCAGCAACUGUAUAUACCUUGUUGAGUUAGAGUCAGUGAUCUUCCACGUUCAGGGAAAUUUGACAUGAAUUCCCUUGUUUCUCAUCUGUCAGGUUUGGUGUGAGUGUGAUGUUUAGCCCUGCUGUUAGGGAAGAGGGCUGUGUCUUAAUCUGCUGGAGUUGGCAUGAAAAAUUCACAGGAAGCUUUUGCUUAAAACAAGAAAUCCUUAACUACUUGUGAUCCUCAUUCAGGCCCCAGACAGUGUUGUAAACUUUUAGCUUUAAUUCUGACUCUUAUCAAUAACUCCUGAAGCCUUUGUCCGUUUUCAACUUCAGUCUUGUUUGCAUGUCAGUGGAUCAUUUUUAUUACUAAGACAAGGGAGAAGAUUUCCAUGAUCAUUUUGUUUCACCUGUCAAAAUGUAGGUGUGGGGGUUUAUGUUUUUGUGUGCCAAGAUUACUUUCUGAAGAGAGUGUAGUUUCUUAUUGAGUUAAGAUGCUUCUGAAACUUACCUAAAUUAUGCACGUGUGCACAAAGAUUUUCUUUGAAAUGGAAGGUUGCAAUCUGGAGGGCUUUGUGCGUUGCUGCCAAUGCUGUCUGCCAAUGCUGUCUGCCACAGCAGCACAUACCUCAGAUACAGUGGUCCCGUUUGUCUUGCCUGGAGAAACUGCAAUGCCAGUGUGUCUCUUAACAGAGAACAAGGAUAGUGGCAAUGUCUGCUUUAACAUCCCCCUGCCAGCUUUAGUGCAUUGUUGUAGUCUUAUUAGUGUAUGUGCAGAUUGUUUCUUUUUGAGGGAGAAUGUUGGUAUUUUGAAGUCAGAAGAGGUUGGUUCUGCAGGUCAAGAUUUUUCAAGAUUUAAGUGCUAGACCUGCAGGACUGAGACCUUGGCAAUUUAGAUGGACAUCCUUGCCUCUUGAUGUAAUCCAGUAAACAUCUCUGGUGGCAUCACUAACCCAUAAGAGGCUGGUUUAGUUUUGCAUGGUGGGUUUCUUUCUUUGUUUGGGGGGGGUUUCUUGUUGUUUGGGUUUUGUUUUGUUUUGUUUUUUUUCCUAAGAGAUCUUUCACACGUUGAAUAAAGGAAUGUAAAAAUGUUCACACUCAGUAUCAGUGUAAUAAAAUCACUUUUCCUCUGCUUUUUAAUAGUCUUGUCCUACAGUAACGUCUCUUUCUGUAUUUGUCAUGCCAGUGUGGCUUUCUCCAUUUCUAAUGCACAACAGUGCUUCUUUAUUUUUCACUUUCAUGUGACAUUUAGCAACAUGUCUCUUGAUGCAUACAUGCAAUCUUUUCUAAGGAAAACUUCAAUUAGAAGGUAAUUGCACUGAUUGUUUUCUUUUAAAUUCCCUUUUUACUGUAAGACUUUUUGCAUCUGCUGUAGGUGUUUAAAAAUACUGUAAAUAGUGUUAUGUAUAGCAAGUACUGAAGUUCUGUGGAUGCCAUUCUUUGUUGAUAUAUUUUCAGGAAUACUGUCAUAUUUUACAGUGUUGAGAUAGGAGCUUUGGUUUUAAACAUUGCUAUACUUUGUGAUUGCAUUAUGGUAUGAAUCCAAGGGCACAGUUGCUUUAUUACAGUGGAAAUAUGUAGGAUUUAUCUGUAUUUAUAAAACAUUUCUUUCUUCUCUCCUCUAUGCACAUUUCUUCCAUGUUGUAAAGACAGACAGUUCCUAAGCUAGCAGUGUGCUUGUCUGUGUAGUGUUCGAGUGCCAAUCUUUGAUAUCAGUGUUACAUGACUAAUAACAUCAAUAUCUGGACUAUCA